UUGAGUAGCGAGGGCUGGGGAAGAAGGCUGUGGGCGGAGCCGCCGUUGCCGUGGCGCCCGGAGUGACGUGAGAGAGUUCUCGGGCGGUCCUACCGGGAGGCCGUGAGUCAGUCAAGGGGCAGCCGAGGCUGACGUGCCGGGGGCUUUGCGUGUGUGGCAGCUGUGUGUCAGUCAGGGAGUGGUCACCGUGAGGGCUCGGGCCUGUGAGAGGCCGUACAGCCGCCGCCGCCGCCGCCGUUGCUGGUGGAGGGGCCUCUCCGGUCGGGAGGAAGGCGGAGGUGGUGUCUCUUUCCUGGCGUUUUGCCUCAGCACCGGCGGUCUUCGGCCGGCCCCGCUUCCCUCCCUCACGGUUGAUCCUAUCGUAACCGGGAGGUCGCGGGGUGCCGCCGUUUCUCCGCUGCCGCUUUCUCCGCCUGCGGCCCAGCCAUGUCGGGGCUGCUGGGCAAGCUGUUCGGGACGGGGGGGAAGGGCGGCGGCAAGGGGCCUUCCCCCCAGGAGGCCAUCCAGCGGCUUCGCGACACGGAGGAGAUGCUGAGCAAGAAGCAGGAGUUCCUGGAGAAGAAGAUCGAGCAGGAGCUGGGGGCGGCCCGCAAACACGGCACCAAGAACAAGCGCGGUGAGCGGGGGCGGGUGGGAGGAAGAGGGGGCUUCUCUCCUCGGAUGGGACUUCUUUUCAAAGUUCCCUUUAUUUAUAUGCUGGUUUCCCACCCACACAGUGAACUGCGCCCAAAGCGCCUCGUAAUAACCACUAGCGGAGUCGCUGUCAAAAUACGUAACAUCUUCGGGGAAGGGGAAGCAACUUUACAGAACACAUCAAUUGCAUUCAAGUAAGGCAAAAUAAGAUAGGUAGAUGUAAAUCCGUAAAUAAAGACUUUCAGUAUUAUAGUUACUCCGUUUGAUACUUAACAAGCAGAGCUCAAAAUAAAAGCUUGCAGACCUAAAUAAAUAAAGCAGACCAACGUGACCAGUGCUGGACAUACUCCAAGGGGCCACAGCAGCCUAAAAUCUACCUGUGGCAAGAGGGGUGUAGAGACAGAAAGGUGCUUGGACCUUUCUAAAGGAAAGGAUGGUGCUGGGGUCAGUUAGAGCAAAGUAAAAACACAGCCUACUAGGUAGGAAGAGAGCUUGCUUCACAAUGUUGUGUAUGUUUACUCAGAGAUAAGACACCUUGCAAUCUGUAGAUUUUUACUUUCACUUAAAUGUGCCUAAGAUUGCGGUAUUAGUGGCAUUUUUGCCUUAAAAGCCUCCAGGGUAAUGUUCAGCCUACUAAGAACACAAAAUAGAUAAACUAAACGUGCCGCAACUGUCAAUGAAAUGGCACGCAAGACAGGAGCAAAACACAUUUCCAUUGUUGGGGUGGCCUGCUUGGUCUCACCAGAUCAUUGUUAUAAGGCUACAGUUCCGUAAUUAAAAGUACCCAGCCCAGAGCUCUUCCUCCAUUCCUAUUUUUGUGGGCCUCUUGUGAGUUUGGCAUGCAGAUAAGUUUUGCAGGCUUUUCUCUACACUGAUUUAAGCACAAAAGAGACUUCAGAUGUUGAGGGGGGAAGUAAAGGGGGCUGUUGUGUGAUCUACACUGGAGGCAUACAGGUUUAUUCAAUAUAGUCAAAUAAAUGGCAGCUGGUUUUCAGAAUGGGAACAUUAUUGUAGUAUAUCUGAAAAAUAUGGUGUGCUUUAUGUUUCCAUGUGCCCAUCUCCUAUAGCAGGCAUGUCCAACAGGUUGAUCGUGAUCUACUGGUCAAUUGCGGGGUGGCCCUGGUUAAUCCUGGUCGAUCUUGGGACAACUUUGAUCCACCCUCGAAUGACAAUGUAGAUCACUGCCAGUUUUUUAUACUGUGAGUAGAUCAGUGUCUUGCGAGUUCGGUGUGCCUGUCCUACAGUAAAAGUCUCUUUCAUUUUUCUCAGGCCAUUAGUAGCAUUUGCAUCUUGAACUCUCCUGGUUUGGGGCCUAUAUACACAUAAAAGUGUAAGGUAGCAGAUGCCUUGUUUCUAUAGUUUGGACUUAAUUCUUGACACCAGCAAUUUGCUGUACAUCUAUCCUGGUCUUACUCUUUUCCCAUCUCUCUUUGAGUUUUGCUCUUCAAGUUCUGCUGUAGCACUCAGAUCUUGGGUUAGUUUGAGUGGGAUUCUGAGAGGGAGUACGUUAGGGUUAGCCUCUAGAUACAGCAUCUUUUCUAUGUCCCUGCUCAGUUUUGGGUUGCUUCCUUGGGGCUGCAUCCAGACCUGUGCAGGGCAGGGAGGCAGCAGGGUACACUUGCCCCAGGCCUCAGAGGACUAAGCUGGCUGGGGGAGGGGGGUGCUAGGGGCCUGCCAGACUUAUGCUGUCAUGUGAAGAACAGGACUUCUCCUUCAGGCCUCAGACAAGCUCUCCAUAGGCCUGGCUGCAUCCAUUUGAAGCCUAGACCUAGGUAGGAACCUGCACUUUGUGCAGAGUGAUCUGUAAUCUUUAAACUAGCACCAACAUUGUAUUUCCUCAUUGAGGCUUCCUCGCCGAGGCUAAGUUCUAAGCUAAUCUCUUGUCGGUCAGUAUUCCUUAUUUCUUAGUUGAACCUGAGGCACAUUGAAAAGAUAUUAAACAAGAGGCUGUUUAUCUUAUCUCAUUUAUGAAGCUGCAGUAUAUGUUCCAUGUUAUGUUGCUCAGGACUAUUUUCCUUUAAUUGACACUGUCUCAUUCUUAUCAUGGUUUUGCUAUUUAGUGUGCUGUGCAUGCUUAUGGUAUUUAGAAGCAACAGGGUCUCCUUACAGUAAUACUGGAACUUUUUAUCUCCACAGCAGAAUAUGUUUCUGUGUAUACAAUUUAUGUACAUUCUUUACCAUUUCUGUUGUCAGCUUUUAUAAUCAUGACUUGUAAAAAAAGCCAAAAUAAAGGGAGAAAGCAAUAGGCUUCUUUAAUUCAUCAUCUGGCUAGUUGAAAAAGCUUAGUUUGCUGAUCCGGCAAAUGCUACAUUCUAUCAAUGGUAAAUUAGAUUGGUUGUAUAGUUACAAAAGAAUGCUGCACUUUAUGUUGUAAUGCAAUUUGUUGACAGCUGAUGUGUUGUUGUGGUAAAGAGAUUGAGCUACAAAUCAAGUUGUCCCCUGUUUGACUCUUACUGUUCAUUAGGUAGCCGUAGAAUGAUGCUGGUCUCCUUUGCAGGAUGGUUGUAAAGAUCACAACAAAAUAAUUUCUGAAUAGUAAUAUUUCAUUAAAGUACCACACUAGUCAGUGUGGGAGAAGAUACUUGCUCCUUGCUUACCUCUGACAGUAGUUCAUACUGCCUUGAGACUAGACUGAGGGCCAGCUUGGGCAUGUUGAAGGUCUGAGAUCAGAAUCUCCUGUAUGCUUGUAAACCUCAAAACAGCUAUGGGGAAGGAACACUAGGAAAUGUGUUUAAAAUGAGCAAGCAAGCAAGCAAGCAAACAAACAAACAAAAAUCUCAUGCUAUUUCCCUGAUCUAAAUCAUUCCCUAAGCUCCAGGAGGAAAAUGUCAGGUACAGAUGUACAUUUCAGCAAUGUCUUGUCAUUCUUCUUAAAAUUAAAGUGUUACUGCAUCCCUUCAUGCUGAUUAGCAUGCAUAGAAUUAGAGAAAAAUUCCUAUGGUUGUCCCCCCAAACUCGCCAGUUUCAGCAGAAAUCAUGGUGUGUGUGUGUGUAUGUACAGUACUACAUUGUGUGUUGCAAGUGCCUACCAUUAUGAAAGUUGAGCAGAAAGUUGAGCAUACUAUAUCUGCUAAUAGUCAAAAAUACAUUUGCGGUGAGGUCAAGGAGGUUAAAAUUUGAAAAACCUAUUCCCUGAUGUAUACAACUCUCAAACUCUCGAUGAGUAAGGACUUUCCCUUCAUGUGAAGAAAGCUGCAGCAGAUUGAGCCAAUAGUGUGUCCCACAGUCAAGAUGGCAGUUACUGCACAUGCUGUAGAGGAAAGUGAGGGGCAGAUGGGGCUCAUCAACCUGGGAAGGUAGUCCAUCUAAGAGAAGGAAAACUCUGGUCCUAAAUCUCCACUGCUUUGUGGGAUAUCUUCGGAGAAGAAAAGGCUAAGGAGCAAACCCUACACAAAUCCAGAGUGGAGUCCCUAAGGUGGUGGGAUGGCACCUUAUACGCCUCCUUCUGGUCAGCUACUCCUGCAGCCAAGCUGAUGCCAAACGUAUUGCUCUGCUUUUCUUUGGACCACAUCAGCAAGGCAGAGAGGAGGAUCUUGUCAUCUGGGCAGCCCAGGACCUCCAUACAUACGGCCCAGGCUUGUUCCCUGGGGAGGUUACUUUGGUGCUCAGUUUGACUUCACCCCAGAGGUGCAGUCCAUUGUUUCUUGAGACAGAUGGAUGCCAGCAACAACUCUAUACCGAAGAUUCUUCAAAUACUAUAAAGAUGCAUUUUUAGAGAGGAUGAUACAAAAAACAUAGGUUGAAACUGUAAGCUGAUCUUCCGUUAUGGUCACCAGUUGAUUAUAAAUCUUGGUACAAGUGCAUUUAAAACUGCAUUUCAGUCCUUUGCACAGAAAUGACAAUUACAAGAAAGAAUCUGUUGAGCAGCAACGUAGCACAUUUGAAACCUGUCUACGUCCCAUCAAAAUGAAUGUAAUUGCACUAAAGUUGUCAAUAUCCCAAUUUCCACUGCAGAUUGCUGUUUACGUUGAGUUUAAUCUUAAGAGUUCCACAAGAAUCUGCAUGCAGUUCUUAAUGAGUGAAGUUUAGUGCUUCUGAUGAUGCGAGUUAGUGAUUCAAGUUUAUUGAGUGCUAAAAAGAAUUUUUUGCUAUAAAGGAGAAUUGCUAUUCCUUAAUUCGCAAGUCUCUUUUAAGAGGCAUAAUAGAUUAGGGUCAUCUCUGGUGUAACAUACAGUGUAAAUAAUGGAGCAUAACUUCAUAUGACUGGGAUGUUGAGGCUUCUGUUUUCCCUGCUUACUGAAAUGUUCAGAUUCAUAAUAUUGCAAAGAAGAUGCUAAAUUUUAUUAUCAUCUCUUAAGAAGUUAUCUUUUUAGCUCUGGAUAGAUAAUGCUCUGGUAAUAAAUACAAUUAAUUUUUAGCUCAGUGGGAAUUUAUAACAAGAACAAUUUUGCUGUACAUGCUUUGGAAAUCACUUGUAAAAAAAUUCAGUGCCGGAAAACUUCAUUGUAACAGAACACUAUAGUUAUUCUCACAAUUACCUGAUUCAGAUGGUCAAAAUGACUUACUGCCACCUGACACUUAAAUGCCCAGAAACAACACUCUGCCCAGGCGAUAUAUGAACAGAUCUAUUUCAGUGCUGGCCUGCAUCAUAUAUUAAUUUAACUUGUGUUGUUGCUGAAAAUAGGUAAAGUUGCAUAGGGUUAGGCAACAUACUGGACUGCUAUUUGUAGAAUAGCACCAUAGGAUUCUUUGAAAAGAUGGUUUUUAGAAGAUAAUGUAACUCAUCCUGGCAGAAACAGUGCAGUGGCUCUCCCAUAACACUUGACCUACAGUUUGAAUGUUUUACAGUGGAAAGCAGCUCAAAUUCCAGCAUUCACAGAGGGCAGCCAGAUGAGGGAAACUUAUAAAUGUAUGCUUUGUUUACUUCUUGAAAAGGUUUUACAAACUGCAGAUGGCUGGAGCUGGAUUCCUGCUCAGUAUAAUUCCUGUUUAAGGUUUUAAACGAUAAAUUCAUUUAAUUAGGAACUUUCAGUGGGCAGUGGAAAAUGGUAACUGUUGCAUCUUAAUUUUAAUGGUACAAUGAAAUUUCCUUUGCUAUAGAUGUUUAGCUCUUAAAAUUAAAAACGGACACCUGAUUGCAUACUAUUUAAUGUGAAUAGUCUUGUAUAGCCAUUUUAGUUUUGUAACUGGCUAUAAUUCUGUUUGAGUACCAAUUACUACAUCAGUUCUAACUGCCCCAAACUGAUCCACUUCCAUGUGUACCAAACAGCCUAGUUUCUUGUAUCUUGUUCAGUAUUCCUGCUUGCAUUUUCCAGUUCUCCGCUAUGAUAACAUGCUAGAGUGAACUAGAAAAUCUACACCUAUGCAGAGGAUUGCCUCCUUUUUAUAUAUAUAAGAUUUUAUUAAAAGUUUUUCAUAAUACAAUACAAUAAAAGAAACUAAUCUAAAUAAAAACAAAAACAGAGAAAGAAAGAGAAAACAUAGUCAUACACCUUGCUUGAUUACCGUAUUUUCUGGCGUAUAAGACUGGGCAUAUAAGAUGACCCCCAACUUUUCCAGUUAAAAUAUAGAGUUUGGGAUAUACUCGCCGUAUAAGACUACCCCUCUUCCAACACACACCAAAUAAAAAUUAGAUAAACCAGUCUCCAGUCCGGCUCAGAAAUCCACUCCACUUCCCAGUGCCCGGGGGUGUGUGUGCGUGGGAGUGGACGGGUCCAUUUAAACAGAGGAGCGAGUCAGAGGGCUUCCUCUUUGGCUCGCUUCCUCAAUUGCUAGGACAUCACUGAACUUCGCUCAGUUAUUGCUUUUGUCGGACCUGCUGAAGCAUUUGGGGGGGAUUUUUUACUGCUUUUGUUGAGCCGCUCUCGUGGAAUUUGCUUGGGACGUGGAACAGCUGACAGGCGCCGUUUCAACCCAGGGUGGCUGGAAAAAAGGAUUUAUCGUACGCCCCGAUCAAUUGGCAGUGGGUGAGUCCAUCGCUGUGCGUGGGGAGCAGGGCAUUUGAGGGGAGUGCUGCCUCAAUUGCCACUCUCGCUUUACAACUUUGCCGCCCUCGUGGCGAAAAAGCUUCCAGGUUUCUCUGAUCCCGGCCACCUCCCCCUCUCAGCUUCCCCUGCCCGAACUGCUCCCUUCGUCGUUGCCCUCGCGGCUUGAUAAUCGGUUUCCCUCCCCUCCCCCAGCCAUUUUCCACCUUUGCUUGCCCCUUUGGCUGUGCCACGCUCUGCUGCGCUUAAUGCUGUUGUUGAUUCCCUGCCUUUGUUGUGAGCCUUUCCUUUUCUUUUACUGCGGAGGCUGCAUGGGCUGAGGCAAUGGCCAUGUGUCUAGUUGCUGGGGCAAUGCGAGGCCGCCAUUUUGGACCACAUGGUCUACUACCGGGAGCAGUUAGGGUCGUUCUGUUGCUGGUGAUUGGAGAGGCUUCUGGGGCCAAUUUCCAAGUGUAUUUCUGCUUAAUCUAGAGAGCUUGGUGUCCUCCGAUUUAAUUUGCUGUCGUUUUGUUCUUUGGUGGGGAGUUGCUGCAGGAGCUGCUGCUGUAGCCGGCGUAGAAGGAGACCCCCGACUUUUGAGAAGAUUUUCCUGGGUUAAAAAGUAGUCUUAUAUGCCAGAAAAUACAGUACUUGAACAUGCUUAUCUCCUUUCAUAGCAUCCUCUGAAGAAGUGCAGGAAUGUAGGGGGGUGGUGUGAAAUUUCCAAUGCUGAGAAAAAAAAUUGAAGUGCCCCCGCCAAGCUGAGUUUUAAUUGACACCAAGAAAUGGGAGAUCCUCAUUGCCUCACUUUUUCCUUGAGGAGAAGGUGCCCUAGGGGUGGUUCUCCUGCAGCUACUUAUGCCUGCCCUGUACCAAAUGUCCUUGCUUACUCAGAGUGUUCUCUUCUCUUUCCUGCCCCCAAAGUAUCUUAGAUGGUGGUCAUAUAAAGUGUUUCCAUUUCUUACAUAGUGACUAAGACAAAACAUCCAGAUUUUAUGCAUUUCUUGUGUUCAUUUUACUUGACAUUCUUGUGUAGUUUGAAUAAUUCUUUGAACCUUCUCUCUCAUUACCUGCUAGUCUACCAUAUUAGAAAGAUUGAAUGAAGGUUUAUUUGUCAACAAGCCUGUCAUGCCUUGUGUGCUAAGCAUCUAAGCUUCUAGUACUUGGCUGUUGGCUGUAGAUCCUGCAGUUUGAUACUGAGUAGACAAACAACUCGGCAACAAAAUUGAUUUGCUUAGAGAAAGACACCUAUUGGUAACAAAAGUUAAUUAAACUGGGAACACAAAAGAUGUGAGAGGCAUAAUUGGUAGCAUAAAUUUUAAGUGGUUUUAUGUUCUGAACGUCAUGCUUGUAGAAACAGUUUUAGAUGCACAUUGUAUAUCAAUCAUCAUUUGUCUUGUUUUUGUCCAGCUGCACUUCAGGCCCUAAAACGAAAGAAGAGGUAUGAGAAGCAGCUUGCACAAAUCGAUGGCACAUUGUCAACAAUCGAAUUCCAGAGGGAAGCCCUGGAAAAUGCCAACACCAACACUGAAGUGCUCAAGAAUAUGGGAUUUGCUGCCAAAGCAAUGAAAGCUGCUCACGACAACAUGUAAGAUGCUCUUCAUCAUUGGUUCAUUGAAUGGGCCAACUUUUCAUUGAGUGCAGUACAAAGGGACACAUUCACUCUUUGUCCAUAUUCCCUCUUUUUUGGAUAGUUCUGGACAGUUAUUAUAAACCAGUCUGCACACAGUAACUCAAAUUCUACAUUGUGCAGCGGGACAUGUUUCUAUAAAAGUAUGCACAGACGUGGUAUAAGCUUUCAAGUAACUGAUCAUGCUAAGUAUCUUUACAUGUAGACAUGCUUUAUCUGUAAGCAGCAUAUAGUUUGAAAAGCAUGUGGCUUUCAUGGUUAAAGUCUUUGGAUUUUACUUCCAGAUUAUGCAACUGAAUAGAUGCAAACAAGUUAUAAUUAUUAGAGCAAGCAGUUAUUACUGUUACAAUUUUUAUUUAAAUUAGUCUGAAUUCUUGCUCAGGAAAUAAUGAUUUCAAAGGAAGAAGUGUGUUUUAAAUCAGCAUUAUUGUUUUCUUGAUGAUUUGAAUCAGUUUGCCCUGGUGGUUAGCUGAAUAUUUCCUUAAAGCUAUUGAGACUUGUAAUGAUCUCCAAGACUAAACAGAUGAAUGGUUCAAAUAACUUAAAUCCUUUUCCUACAGGGAUAUUGACAAAGUAGAUGAACUAAUGCAAGACAUUGCAGAACAGCAGGAGCUAGCAGAAGAAAUUUCAACAGCUAUCUCCAAGCCUGUGGGAAUCGGUGAAGAAUUUGAUGAGGUAAGUACCAAACAGUUUAAGACAAGUAUGACGUUUGUACACAUACAAACUUAAGGAUUUCAAAACACACUUACUUCUUGUGACUCAAAAUAUUAUGUAAUGAGAACAAAUUCAUGAUUUUUUCAUCUUAAAUAACAACAGAAAUGUGAGUUUAGUACUCUGGCUUGCUCUUAGGAACAGCAGAAUAAUUUGGAUAUGUAAAUGUUUUGAGACACCUAGAAUUCCCAGUUGUGUUGAGUUGGACACGAAGGUUUCUUACAAUUAUAUGAUGUUACAAAACUGGCAACAGUGAUUUCUGGUGCUAGCACCUGUAACUGCAGCGUCUCUCUCCUUCAAUAAUAGGAUGAACUGAUGGCUGAACUAGAGGAACUCGAACAGGAAGAAUUGGAUAAAAACUUGCUGGAGAUCAGUGGUCCUGAAACAGUUCCACUUCCCAAUGUGCCCUCAAUAUCUAUACCUUCAAAACCAGGUGAGUGCCUUGCAAUUGCUAAAGACAGGAGCAUCGUAUAACAAGUGCAUUUGUCAAAAAAGCAUUGUAAUAUGCCAUUCUUGUGAUUUUAUUUCUCAACUACUGUGCAAAAUUUACACACACUAAUCUGUUUCACAGAAGGAAAGCCAGUUAAGUUCCCUAGUUGUCUUUAUCUACAGAUCUAAAGUCAUGGUUCUCAAAGCUGGGGGGGGGGGGCUUCCUCAGGAUCUAUCUCUGACACCUUAGACCCCAUAAGCAGUUCUCUGAUCGUCUAUUCCAACUAAUCAAUGGUUUCCAGGUUGGAAUAUUUCAUUUGCUUUUAUUCCCCCAGGGAUGAGAACAAUUCUCUCUCGAAGAAAAGGAACUUGGGUGACAAAAUUCUUCCCCCAUACCUUUAGUUUGAGAAUCACUGUCUUGGGUAUGAGAACAAAUGGAUGUGGUUCUGGUUACAUUCCCUUGCCCAUAGUGUUGUAGUAUUGCACAGUUCUGAUGGCAGCAUGCAGAUGUUGCCCAUGUGAGGACAACACAGCAAGGAGCUUUUUAAACAUGCCCUCCAUUUUUCCAUAUAACCUGGCGUACUACCCCAGGGAAGCAAGCACCACUUUAAAACACUGCCUGCCAUUUGGCUACUAAGCCAUAUUUAAGGAGCUUCUAUUGACAUAAUCCCUAGAGAACUCGGGCUUGGAUACCUGAAAGCAUCCCUUUUAGGCUCCCAUCUAGGCCUCUCCAUUUCUUGAGAUCCUUGGAAGAGGCUGUCACUGGUUGUCACAGAUGUACAUUAUGCAGCAAUCUGGGAGAGGGUCUUUGGUGGCAGCUGCCUUGUAGAGCUUCCUCUUUUCUGAAAUAAGGCAAGCAACUCUUGAAUUUUCAGAACAUGCUUAGUACUUGUUCACUCAGGUAUUUGUUGGUUGCUAAAAUAGUUGCUUUGGAUGGGGUGUAUAUUUGUGUGACAUAAUUUUGUUGUGAUUUUAAAUAUUUGAUGAUAGUUUUUAUUUUAUUUUGUUUUUUGUAUUAUGUUUACAUGCCAGGAACUGUUCUUGUAUUGGCCAGAUGAAGAAUGGGUGUAUAAAUACCUAAAAUAAAAUAAAUACAUUGAGCAACUGCAGACAAUCACAACACAGUGCUUAAUCUUGUGGUGUUGUGUCUUUUUCUAGCUAAGAAGAAAGAAGAAGAAGAGGAUGAUGACAUGAAAGAGCUAGAAGCCUGGGCUGAAAACAUAUAACUACACCAGCUGCCCAGCUGGAGAAACAAUUGAGACUCUGCUCACCUGUUGCUACAGGUGCAUGUAUGGGUGGGAGACAUCAUUAAGCGCAACGCCUUUAUUUCUUUAAUCCCAUAGCUGUGGGAAUUGCAUUCUGCAUAGCAUGGUCUGAGCAAGGGAAACAAAGUUUCCAGAGAAAGUUGCCUGCAGUUUAGGGUGUUGACUUACUUUAAAUAAUAAACCUUAUUGGCAAAAUUCCAACAUUCAGCUUCUGGACUAUGCUAAUGCCACUGCUGGAUCACCAUCUUUCAGAGUUCUGACCAUGCUGAAUCUGACUCGGGAUACGAAGCCUGUAACUUAAUUUGAUGGAAACGCUUUUAGAAGUCUUGUAAAGUAUUUCAAAAGGAAAAGUCCUAAGCCGUUAUUGGCUUAUUAUGCUUAGAUGUACAAAUGCAUCACUUAGGCUUUUAGUUCUUUAAAGUCUCUAUUUAUAUCCAUUGGUGGCAUUGACACUCCUCUCUCCGCAUUACACUCACUUGGUCGCUGUUCCCAGUUGGAUUUGGUGAGGUGGAUUUGGAAUGUUGAAGUAAUUCUAUGAUGGAAGUAGGUGAAAUUGACACUAGCUGUACAUUUUUCUACAUAGCACCUGGAAUGUUGAUUGCUAUCUGUGAUAUCCAAUUCCCAUUCAGACACAAACAUACAUUUAUUUUAAAUAAGGAUCUAUGGUUUGCACUGUAUUAAAUACCUUGAUUGAUUUUCGUACCUGCCUGAUGUCUUCACUAUGCAUGUAUGUAACAGAAACUUGGAGAACCUUGUUGGGAUUUCCCCCACCCCCUUUUGUACAUCGGUAUUCUCUGGUACUUCGGUCUUCCUUCGAGGCAGAAGUGUAGAUAUCCAAGUAGUGCCAUAUGUGGCACUUUGGUUCUUAAGUUGAAUAUUCAGAAUAGUAUAUGCUAGAAAUACUAAUACAUUCUCCCCUCCCCCCAAAUGAACAGAAUUUGAAUAGUGCUAAGUGGUGCCUGUUUUUGAAAGCUUACUGCUGUGUCAGCCCAUCUGAUGUUGAAUCCAUUUGCCACAUGGUGUUCAUUAAUUUGCUACAAACAACAACUCUGUGCCAGAGCCAGAAGCAUUGCCUUGGUUAAUAAUAGAAGGGCCUUUGCUCUUCAUUCUGCAUAAGUACACCAUACGUUUUUCAGCAUUCAACCUUUCAGCAUUCUAUAUGGAACUCUGCCGCCAAGUAUUUGUAUAAAAGGAAGAAAACAGACAACCGCUACUGAAAAUACACAACAUCCCACAGUAACUAUCUUAGUAUUGGUUUUGGAAAGGCUUAGUCCAAAUGCUGGCUGAGGCAGCUGUCUUGGCAGCUUCUCUGCUCCAUAAUAUGGUAGAAAUCUCAUUUGAAAAUUUCCCUGGGGUAUAGCUGUUGGUUUCUAUUUCCCUCACUGAGCAGCAACUGCAGUCACAAGACAUUGUUUUGCAUUCCACAGUCAGAGUUACUGUUGGAGUUUCUCACGGGAAAGGGAGACUGGAUGUGACGUACACUGGUUUCCUGUUUUUCACUGUGUGUGAUUCUCUCCGAGCUGAGAGAGGAGAGAGGAUGCAUUUUUCUGCUUCUGCAGAGGCAAGAUGUCUUUCUGUAAUAUACCAGCUUUGAACUGUAAAUAAAGCAAUUUAGAGUAUGUAACACAUUUUCUUCAUCCUUCCGCUGGGCAACCAGACUCUGCUUUAAAUCAACACGUGGUUAUGGACUCCAGAGGUCGAAUCGGAGUGCCGGCAGAGGAUCGGAAUGCAGAGGGAGGACAGAUCGGAACGGAAUCUGCUCUGCGCGUAGAAGUGAUUGAUGAGGUAUGUGCUACUGCUCCGGGCAGCCUGCCAGCUUCAAGAUAAUGGCUUUAUGGCUGGACUUUGAACUUUUAAAGCCGGUUUUGCCGGGAAUAGGCAAAAGGCUCCCAGGCACAAGUCACUAUGCUGGGGAAAUCGAAAGUAACUUUUAAGUGUGCCUUUGGAUAAGGCAGCUGCAGCAGUGACGCAGCAAGAUUUAAAGCAGCACAGAUAUGACGCUGAAGGCUAAUGCCAGAGUCAUGAUGGCCCUUCAGGAUGCUUGUGGGAUUCCUAAGCUCAACAAGACAAAUUACAGCGACUGGGUUCAGUAUGCAGAGGCAAUUCUGCGGAAAGAGGGUUUGUUUGAGGUGAUUACAGGAACCCCCAGUUCCAGUUACAGAUGCAUGGGAAGCUAAGGAUUCCAAAGCAAGGGGAACUCUUACAUUGAUAGUAUCCCCAGAAGAGCUCUGUCUAUUGCGUGAUAAGACCUCAGCCAGAGAAAUUUGGGACGCUCUGAGAGAGGCUCACUUAAGGACAGAAGCUGGAUCCACUAUGUUUUAUUUUAACAAGCUGCAUAAUAUGGCUCUUGCUGAAGGUGGAGAUGUGCGUUUACAUCUGAUGCAGAUGCAAAAUCUGAGACAUGAGCUGCAACAGAGAGGACUCAACUUUCCAGAGGCUGUGUAUUCUUUCAUGAUACUACAAUCUUUGGGUUCAGGUUGGGAGUCUGUUGCAACCCAGAUUGCUGUGCAACCAACUGCUCAGCUGACAGUGGACUUUGUUACUGCCGUGAUUUUAAAUGAAGCAGAUCGCCGGGUGCUAGCUGCAUGGGCAAGGGAGAGUCUUCACAGACGUCAUCCCAUAGUGCAGUGGAACCACCAGAUGGCGCCAAAGCUUUGAAGGCAGUGAAAUGCUACUCGUGUGGACGUCUAGGCCAUAUGAAGAGGGAAUGCAGACAUCCCAGGGCCAAGACAGAGCAGCGCAGCGAAAGCUCAUCACGCGGAAAAGGCCGAGGCAAAGGCAAAGGUCCGGUGUCUAGGACAACGCAGCACAAGGCUAUGGUUUCACGCUUCACUCCAAAGGUUGCAGAGGUCCAGAAGACGUCUAGAUCUUUCUUCGUUGUUGAUUCAGCGGCCACCCACCACAUGUGCAACGAUAAGAAACUGUUUGUGUCUUUUACACCGCAGGAAGGUGCGAUUCACCAGGCGGAUGACCACACUAUUCCCAGUAAAGGCUACGGAACUGUUGUUCUUCACAGUUUGGACUUAUCGAUACAGAAUGUGCUUUACGUGCCAGACGCCAAACAUAAUCUGCUCAGCGUUGGACAGCUGAAUGAGCGGAACAUUGACGUUUCCUUCAAGAACAAGAAGUGCAUCAUCACAAAGAAAAAUGAUUAUGUAUUGCAUGCAGAAUAUGUUGAUCAUUUGUUUGUUUUGUAUUAUGAUGAUGUGGUGCAGGAUGACACUUGUUGCAUUGCAGGUUCUAACAAAAGUUUGCAUGCAGAAUGUAUUCACGAUUUUCAUCGCAAAUUUGGUCAUUUGCAUUUUGAGGCAGUAUCUAAAAUGCCUGCCUUGGUUGAAGGUAUGACUAUUAAACCCUGCAGGUACCACAUGAAGUGCAAAGCAUGCGCAGCAAACAAGGUGAAAAUGGCUGCGAAAGGUAAGGUGUCUAGUAGGAAAGCUACAGAACCAUACCAGGUUGUUCAUGCUGAUUUGGUUGGACCACUAUCGCCCUCUUUGGGUGGAAAUAGAUACUUCAUGGUUCUCAUUGAUGCAUUUUCUAGAUAUAUUUUUGUGUACAAUCUCAAGCAGAAAUCGGAGGCUUUUCCUAGGUUCAAGGAAUUCUGUGCUUGGUUGGAAAAUGUGCAUGGUAAGAAGAUAAAGACUCUUUUCAGUGAUCGCGGGGGGGGAAUUCACUUCUCAGCAGUUUGAAGCUUUUCUGACUGAGAAAGGAAUUCAACACGAUUUGUCUAGUCCUCGCUCGCCAUGGCAGAAUGGACUUGCGGAACGGGCAAAUCAGACAUUGCUUCAAGGAUUAAAAACCUUGCUGCAUGAUGCCAAUCUUCCAGAGAGUUAUUGGGCCGAAUCUCUCUCGUGUUUUGUUUACAGUUACAAUCGCAGGUUAUCUUCAGCGAUUGGAUGUACCCCCUAUGAGAAGAUGUUUGGCAAGAAGCCAUACAUCAAACACAUGAAGAUUUUUGGUUCUGACAUGUGGGUUCGCUCACCACAAAACUCCAAGUUAGACAAGCGUGGAUUGCAUGGUAUCUUUCUAGGUUAUCAGAAAGGGUCUUACAGAAUAAUGAUGACUGACUCUAAGACAAUUAAGCUCACGAGAAGUGUUGAGUACAAUGCAAAGUGGGGGGAGAAUGUGGGAAUUUUCCAAUGUUAUCCUGAUGACGGUGAUGAGACUGAGGAUAGUCAAAAGCAACCACAACAGCCCACACCCACUGAUGAAGGUUCUGAGUCUGAAUCUGAAACUGAAUCGGGUGAUUCAGAGGAUUUCAAGAGUGCGAAAGCCUCUAUGCGACCCUCUGAAAGCUCUGAUCAAGAAUUGGAGGAACCAUUGUUCACAAUAGGUCGUUUUUCUCCUAAGAAGGAAGAGGAGAGUGUUGAAGACUUAAGGCUAAUUCGUAGGUCACAGAGAGCCACAAAGGCAAACCUCCAAAGAGAUUUGCUGAUGAGUUUGCUACGAUAGCAGUAACAGCUGUUAAAAGCUCCAAGAAGGUAUUUGAACCUUCAAGUUUCCAAGAAAUCCAGGGUUUGGAUUCAAAGGAAGCUGAGCCAUGGUUAAAUGCCAUGAAGGCUGAGCUUGAUUCCUUAGAAAGGAACAAAACAUGGGAGCUAGUUCCAGUAGUUCCAGGAAUGAAACUGCUUGGAAGCAAAUGGGUCUUCAAAGCGAAGACAGAUCAAAAUGGCAAGAUAGUCAGACACAAAGCCAGAUUGGUAGCCAGAGGUUUUGCACAGGUACCAGGUGAAGACUAUCACGAGACCUAUUCACCCACAGUGAGAUAUGAAAGCAUUAGGCUUAUGCUCAAGCUAGCUGCAGAGGAAAAUCUACACAUUAGUCACCAUGAUAUUAAUACAGCUUUUCUGUACGGAUCUCUAGAUGAAUCACUUUAUAUGCUUCCACCUGAUGGCGUACAGGUAAAACAGGGAUUUGUUUGUGCUCUGAAGAAAUCCCUUUAUGGUCUCAAACAAAGUGCACGGUGUUGGCACACAAAACUCACUGAAGUAUUGUUUUCUCUAGGUUUUCAGCAAGGGAAAGCUGAUCCAUGUGUAUUUGUCAAAGAGGAGGGGCAAAAGAAACUGUACUGUUUGUUUUAUGUUGAUGAUUUAUUAUUCUUUUGGAAAGAUGUUGCAAUGUACAAUAGCGCCCUAGCUCAACUGAAAGAGCACUUUGACAUGAAAGAUCUUGGUGAGGUAAACAACUACCUAUCUCUGGAAAUAGAGAGAAAUCAAGAUGGUAACAUUCUAGUACACCAGUCACGGAAAAUUGCUGAUGUGUUAAGCAAACUAAAUCUGAUGGAUGCUAACCCUGUAGACACACCGAUGACAACAGGUUAUCAGGUAGAUGACACUGAAGAAGCAUUUUCUGACACUACACUGUACAGGAGUGUGCUAGGCAAGCUAAACUUCAUUGCCAGAUGUUCAAGACCAGACAUUGCUGUUAGCUGUAAUUUGCUAAGCAGACAAGUCAACAAUCCUAGUGUCAAGGAUUGGAAAGCUCUGAAACGCAUAGCGCGGUAUUUGAAAGGCACUAUGCAUUACAGACUGAGAUUUAACAAUCAGAAGUCUGGUGGUCUUGAGAUAUUUGCAGAUGCAAGUUUUGGAAGUGACACUACAGACAGGAAAAGUACGUCUGGAGUUUGCUAUAUGUACAAUCAGAGUCUGUUUGAUUGGUCAUGCAAGAAGCAAACAACAGUUAGCUUAAGUACUUGUGAAGCCGAACUGAAUGCACUGUCUUAUUCACUUAAGGAUUGUGAAUGGUUAGUACAAUUGUGCAAAGAUAUGAAAAUUCCUGUCAAAUGUCCAAUCCAGGUUUACCAGGACAACAAAGCAUGUUUGGCUUUGCUGAAGUCUGAAGGUUGUAAGCAAAGCACAAAGCACUUGCAAUUAAAGUUGCAGCAUGCUAGGGAAUGUAUUCAGAAGGGACUCGUAACGGUGUCCUAUAUGCCAGGUAAUGAAAUUCCUGCUGAUGUAUUGUCCAAGAUUGUAUCAAGGGAUCAACACUGUACCUAUGUGCAGAAGUUGGGUUUGUACUGAUAUUGUACGAACACGCUGCCCAGUGAUGUUCACAGAAAGGGGAGGAUGUUGGUUUCUAUUUCCCUCACUGAGCAGCAACUGCAGUCACAAGACAUUGUUUUGCAUUCCACAGUCAGAGUUACUGUUGGAGUUUCUCACGGGAAAGGGAGACUGGAUGUGACGUACACUGGUUUCCUGUUUUUCACUGUGUGUGAUUCUCUCCGAGCUGAGAGAGGAGAGAGGAUGCAUUUUCUGCUCCUGCAGAGGCAAGAUGUCUUUCUGUAAUAUACCAGCUUUGAACUGUAAAUAAAGCAAUUUAGAGUAUGUAACACAUUUUCCUCAUCCUUCCGCUGGGCAACCAGACUCUGCUUUAAAUCAACAAUAGCUGAAGAUUAUAGUUUGAUAUGCAUUAUGGUUGCUACUGUUUUCAGCAUACCCUUGUUUCCUAUUAAUGGUGUCCUUGUGUUUCUUAUAUCCGUGGGUGUUCUGCUCCUCAGGAUUGUGUGCUCAUUUUCUCAAGAAUGGUAAAUUAUGCAAUUGUAAAUAAUGUUCUCAUGCAUUCCCCUGCCCCCAUGCACCAUAGGGGAUGUGCAAAAAAACCCCCCAAAAGUCAAGGGCUGAUCUCCAAUGCUAGUUAUGAUCAGAGUAGCCCCAUUAAAAUGAAUGGACUUUAAAGUCCAUUGAUUCUAAUUAGUCUAUCUCAGUAUGAUUUAAUGUGAAAUAUAUUCCUUCCAUGUAGUUCUGAAGUAGCUACAAUUUUGUCUGGUCAUCUUGAACCCCUGUCACGUGGCUUCCUGUGGAAAUUGCCUAAUUUUGUCUUUCAAAGAUGGCUGGAAUACAGUGAUACACGCUACAUUGCCGGUCCCUUUUGUAGAUUUGUACUUGCAGUAAUCCCCACUCUGUUAUUAAAGCUGAUCAUCCUAUUGAGGACUGUGAUUGCAAGGGUUUAGAAAAUUAGCCAGAGUGCCUAAAUGAGAUUCUUCUGAACCAGAGAGCUGUAAUAAGUCUAAUCAAUAUAAUGAAUAUGUUAAACCCCUUAUUUCUGCUUCCGUGGACUAAGUCCCAGAGUCACAUCUGUAUAUGGCUUUCACAGUUCUUCUACCUUUUCCUUUCUACUUUUUCUUGCCUAAACUAUUGUAGUCACCUGGAAUUCUCUCUUUAAAUAGAAAUAAUACAAAAUUCAUUAUAAAAAUUAUGAGGAAAAGUACAAUCAAAGGCUGGGAGGGCUUCUCAAAUUAAGUCUUGUUUACAAGACUUCCUUCAUAUGUUAUCUUGCAGACAACUUACUACAGUCAAACCUCGGUUCCCGAACAGCUCCGUUUUAGAACGUAUCGGCUCCUGAAUGCCAAAAACCCAGAAGUAAAUGUUCCGGUUUUCAAACGUUUUUUGGAAGCUGAAUGUCCAACGCAGCUUCCGCUUGAGUGCAGGAAGCUCUUGCAGCCAAUCGGAAGCUGUGCCCUGGUUGUCAACUGUUUUGGAAGCCGAACAGGCUUCUGGAACACAUUAUGUUCAACUGAGGUUUGACUGUAGAAGGGCAACCAUUAGGAUUAUAUUCUUCAUCCUAGUACAUGAUAUGAGCAAUUUUUUUAGAAUUUAUAACUUUAUUGAUUUUCCUGAGAAACAUCAGUAAAAACAGAAAUGGCACAAUGUAUUAAAUUAUCCCAUGUCCUCUUCCCUCUGGAUUACAAAUGUAAGACAGUUUAAUAAAAUCAACUUCGCAUUUCUAGAAUGUACAUCCUAUAACAUCAGUGACUUUGUACUUCUCAAAUAUAGAUCCAUCCUGUUAACAGCUUCAUCAAGAGCUGUAUGAAACAAAUCAUACAGUUUAGGUGCAUGUAGUCUAGUCUUAAGGGUUGUGCUAUAUAUCUUUAGCUACUGUGAACAUAGACUAUCCAAAUGCAAUUCCAACCCUUUGAUCUUUGUUGCUGGAAGGUGUUAGGCUGUGGCAAGCAUACUUGCCUGCUGUUAGAGAGGCUCUGUUCUUGCAGCUAUGGAAAGCAUGGUGCAUGGAGCACUUCUGCUGCAGAGUUUUCACCCGUGUUAGCCAACCUACAGCUCCAUAGCAAGGCUUUAUGGGGCAAGGGCAAAUUACAGCUGACAAGGAAUAUUCUGUAUCCUAAGCUACUCCAUUCCCCUGAGAUGGGCCUAAUUUGGGUGCCUCAGCUCUGCCAGCAUGGAAUUGGCACAGCAAAAUAUAGAGAGCACACACCCCGGCAAUACAUGUGCUAUGCACUAGCAGGCCUUUGGGUGUGGUGAUCAAUCUGCUGGUCCUAUUGGGGGUUAGUAUUGCUCAGGGACGCGGGUGGCGCUGUGGGUUAAACCACAGAGCCUAGGACUUGCCGAUCACAAGGUCCGCGGUUCGAAUCCCCGCGACGGGGUGAGCUCCCGUUGCUCAGUCCCUGCUCCUGCCAACCUAGCAGUUCAAAAGCACGUCAAAGUGCAAGUAGAUAAAUAGGUACCGCUCCAGUGGGAAGGUAAACGGUGUUUCCAUGCGCUGCUCUGGUUCGGCAGAAGCAGCUUUGUCAUGCUGGCCACAUGUACGCUGGCUCCCUCGGCCAAUAAAGCGAGAUGAGCGCCGCAACCCCAGAGUCGGUCACGACUGGACCUAAUGGUCAGGGGUCCCUUUACCUUUACCUAUUGCUCAGUUACUUGCAUUUGUAGUCUCUCCCCGCCCCCGGUCUCUUACAUCCUCAGCAAAGCAACAGAUGAAUCAUAUGGUAUACAGGGCCGAAAUAUUAAUACAAUACAAUGCUUAAAAAAGUAGAAUAAAAAUGGAAGACUACCACAACCUACCAGUGUAUAUUUAGAUGUGAGUCUCACACAGAAGGGUAUAGAAGCAGAAUCAGCACAGAGAGAGAGAGAGAGAAGAACAUGCUGAUUCUUAAUAUUUCCCGCAAUAUUUUAUAAUAACUCAAGGACUGCCUCUCUGCAUAUGAACUGAUAUGGACCAUCUGACCAUCAUCUGAAGCCCUUCUUCACAUGUCUCCUCCAUGGGAGGUCCAGAGGAUGACAACACGAGAAGGGGCCUUUUCUGCAGUGGCUCCCUGUUUGUAGAAUGCUCUCCCCAAGAAAGCUUGCCUGGCGCCUUUGUUACAUAUCUUUAGGCGCCAGUUAAAAACAUUCCUCUUCUCCCAGGCCUUUGGCUAUUUAAGCAAUCUAUGGCCUUUUAAAAUGUGUGGGGUGGUUACUGUUUUUGUUUGUUACUUUGUUAUGUAUUUUUGUGUUUUAUAUUGUAAACCGCCCUGUGAUCCUUGAAUGAAGGCAGUAUAGAAAUUUAAUUAAUAAUGAGAUACUCAUAAAAUCAUUCUCCCAAACAUGAUCUCUGUUUACAAUGCCUUUGUCAGGAAAGUAGUAUUCUUGGUUUGAUGCUCAUAUAUGAGUCUCCUUCCUUACUAUGAAAUUUGAUGGCUGUUCAGAAUAGAUCAUAUAGUUGUGGCACUGUAUGCUCUUCCAAGCAUUUUAUUUCUCUGCCUCUCCACUUUUCAGAGUUUGAUUUAUCUUACUUACCAGACGUGGUUGGUAAUCGGGAAUUUUAGCCUUCAGAGUAAUCACUGAUGUUUAUUUGUUGAUGGUUUGUGUAAUGCUUAAGCUUUAAGAUUUCACAUGAGAUAUGCAGUGGGAUGGUCCAUGUACGCAUCUGCAUUUCAGCCUUGGCCAUUCAAUGGAAUACUUAACUGAGCCACAGAAAUGAAAUUCCUGUAUUUGAACACUGGGUGGCAACCUUACACCAUUCCAUGUAAAAUCUGUACUUCCUUAGGAAAUCAGACGAAUUUUGAAAGCUUAUAUAUUAUUAUUUUCUUUUUAUGUUCCUGUAGUUCUUCAAUAUAGGUAGUUUAGGGGAGUCAGGUUAUUUGCUGUUGUAUAUUAAUCUAGCUUAAGUGGAGUAUUUUUUAUCAAGGAAUAUAGGUAAAGGUAAAGGACCCCUGGACAGUUAAGUCCAGUCAAAGGCGGCUAUGGGAUUUCGACGCUCAUCUUGCUUUCAGGCCGAGGGAGCCGGUGUUUGUCCACAGACAGCUUUCCGGGUCAUGUGGCCAGCAUGACUAAACCACUUCUGGGGCAACGAAAAACCAUGUAGGAAACCAGAGCUCACGGAAACUCUCUGGAAUAUAACGUGUGACUAGUGGCAUGUGUAAUUUAUAGAUCUGUUGAAUCCUCUGCCGCACUUGUACAACUGCCUGCCAUGAUCUGCACUGC